CUGUGUGUGUGUGUGUGUGUGUGUGUGUGUAGCUGUUAUUAGCAGGUGCAGUGCGUAUAGCAGUUAAUGGUAUAGCAGAUAAGGUUGAAUGUAGUAAGAGCUCGAUGGUGGUGCGCUGCAGUGACGGCUGGGACCGUACGGCUCAGCUCACCUCUCUGGCCAUGCUGAUGCUGGACUCGCACUACCGCACACUCAGGGGCUUCCAGGUACUGAUCGAGAAGGAGUGGAUCAGCUUCGGACACAAGCUGGCCUCGGUGCGUAUGAGCAGUGAGGGCGUGGUUGUGUGUGGGCGUGUGAACGCAUGUAUAUUUAACCCUAUCUUUCUCUCUCUGUGUGUUUCUCAGCAUGUCGGCCUUGGAGAUGAGAAUCACGCCAACUCGGAACGAUCCCCUCUCUUUGUGCAGUUCAUCGACUGUGUGUGGCAAAUGAUGAGACAGUUUCCUUCUGCUUCUGAGUUCAAAGAGCUUUUUCUCAUCCCCAUCCUGGAUCGCCCCUACAGCUCCCUGUUUGGUACAUUCCUCUACAGCAGUGAGCAGGAGAGAAUGGAAAAGGUACGCUCCACAUUUCUCCACUAAUGGGCGGAGGCUUUCCAGCCUGUUUGAUUUUACUGAAUGGAAAUGAAUUUGUCUAAGUGUAUUAUGACUCUCUCUC